AUGCCAAAGCCCUGCACAAGUUUCUGCAACAAAAGUGAGAAAGAAAUAUCUAUCACCAGCAAAGAAAGCCAAGACUGCCAAAUCUCCAGGGAGAGCGAAACGUCACUAUAUAAGGUAGAAAACGAAAACAUUUCUUUAAGAAAAGCAGCUAAAGAUAUGAAUAUUUCCUAUUCUUUCCUUCAAAGGAGGGCCAGUCUCAGCAGUGGUGCGGUGGACAUUGAAAGUAAAAAUGGACGUAAACCUGUGUUUACAAAUGCAGAGGAAGAAAAAAUGGCCCAUUACUUAUCUGAAAUGGCUGCUCGAGGUAUGGGUUUGAGAACAACAGAAUUUCUGAACUUUGUAGGAAAUAUCAUAAUAAAAGAAAAGCGCCCUAACCCAUUUACAGACAACACACCUGGCUAUAAAUGGUACAGAGGGUUUAUGGAAAGAAAUAAACAUACAGUUGAGAAAAGAACUGAAACACCUUUAGAAUCAUCAAGAGCUAAAGUUACCCCAUAUGUCAUUGACGAGUGGUUUCACAAAUAUCGGAUGUUUAUUUCAGACAACGAGUUACUAGAUAAGCCCGAGCGCAUUUACAAUGCUGACGAAACCGGAUUCACAAUGGGUAGCAAGUCAGGAAAAGUGAUUGGUCCAUCUAAAAGUGUUCAUGCUGGUCCUGUUCCACAUGUCUCUGGAGGCAAAAGUAAAGAACGUGUAACUGUUAUGUACUGCGCCAAUGCAGCAGGCACCGUGAUUCCGCCAUAUUUUGUGUUUGCUAAGCCAAAACCGGUGUCAUAUGACCACCUUGCAGGUACAGCAAAAGGUUCAGAUGCAGCUUACACUGAUAAGGGGUGGAUGGAUGUUCCUACUUUCAAGAAGUUUAUUGGUCAUUUAGAUAAAUAUGGCGAAAAAGAAAGGCCCAUCGUGCUCCUUAUUGAUAGUGUUGGAAGUCAUGUCAACAUAGAGUGUUUUAGUGAGGCAAAAGAACAUGGAAUAGAAAUCUACAGGCUAGUUAAAAAUGCUACACAUAUUAUGCAACCACUUGAUGUUGGCGUAUAUGGUCCGCUAAAAAGUGCAUGGUAUAAACAUUUAAGAGUACAUAACGGGGAACAUCCAGAUGAUCCUGUAAGUAAGAAAACCUUCGCAAGACAUCUACAUGCUGCCUUCAUGGAUUUCUACAAACCCCUCACUGUUCAGCAUGCUUUUACUUCAGCUGGUAUACUGUUUCAAAGAAGUUGCAUAGAGAGACCACAGAGUCUCCCAAGCAACUGCAUUCAUCCAAUGAAGCCAAGCAGAAUUCCGUGUUUGAGCUUCAAACCAGAGAGGCCCGCCAGUGCCCCCAACUUGGAAGAAUUAUUAACUUCGCCUAGUAUUCACACACUGAGGACCUCAAGUGCCGCCCACACAAGGCCUUGGAGGCCCUUCAGUGUGAUGCCUCAUACUACACAGUCUGAGGCCCAUCUUCCAAACCUAAGACUUGUAAAUAUGUUAGAAAGGACUAAGAGUGCUUCAGUUGAAAUACCCAUUAGUCAACCAUUGAAACCCAGCAGAAUUCCAUGGCCGAUCGUCAAAGAAGAGAGGCCCGCCAGUGUCCCCAUUUUGGACAUUGUAUCAACAUUGAAUAGUACUUACACACAGAGGUCCUCAAGUGCCGCCCACACAAGGCCUUGGAGGCCCUCAAGUGUGUUGUCUCAGCAUGUACAGCCUGAGUCACAUCUCCCAAACCCAAGACUUGCAAAGCUGUUAGACAGUGGAUGGAAAUCAGCUCCCAUCUUGCCAAGUUACCCGGUAGCUGGUCCGGAAUGUACCGCUCCGGUUUCGCCAAAUAAACCGAAGCGUCCUACCACGGCUAUCUUAUAUACUUGCAAAGAUACUAGCAGCACAAUCAGUACAAAUAUUAGCAAUUCAAGGUGCAGUAACCAAAGUUACAUCAGAGUCGACAGCCCCUGCAGAAAACCGAGCUGUAUUCCAGUUCCAAUGUGCAACACCCGGUCAAAAGAAGUGAGAAGUGAGGCACAUUCUGCAAGUCAACCAUCAAGUGCCAGGAGACGUAUUUCCUGUCAAGAUGAACCAACUACACUACGAACAGGUGAUAAGCCACAGAUACAACGAAGUCGUAUCCCUGUUGCUAAAUUCGUAUCUUCACUGCUGGGAAAAGUGAUCUUCUGCAAACCAAAACAGGUAGAUUCUCCACCAGAAAGUGCAAGAUCUACUCUUAAAAGUGAGAGAAGCAGAAUCCCGAUACUAAGACGUGAAUCACGGAAUGCUUCGGUACAAGAAUCCAUAAGUGAUUUUGACUCAAGUCAACCAGUCCCAUCUGUUGAAGCACAGGAAAUUGACAGUGAACUAUCAACGGCACAAAACGUGACCAGUGACAACAACAUGAAUCAAACCAUUCAAAUACCAGUACAGAAAAUCGAAAGCCUGGAAACCCUGGCAGAAAGAGUCGUUAUCGCCAACAACUUGAUGCAGAACUACGAGGUAUCGACACCAAAAAAUGUCAAAAGCCUAGAAUCCCUUACAGAAAAUGCAGAAAAUGUCAUCAUUACCGAUAGCUUGAUGCAAAACUACGAUGUACCAACACUAAGAAAAGCCAAAAGCCUAGAUUGUCAGAUUGAAAAUAUCAUUGAUGACAACUACUUGGAACUGAACAACGAGGUCAGAAGAAGUUUUGUAAGCUUGGCAGAAAAGGUUGUCCAUGAAAACAGCCUGAGGCAGAACACAGAGGUUCAAAGUCUGGCAUCGUUGACACAGAAAAUCGAAAGACUUAAAGACAUUGCUGACGAACUCGUUGUUGAUAACAACCUGAAGCAAGAAACCGAGACAACAGUUGCACAAGAAACGGAAAACUUACAAUCUACUGAGGAACCACAUGUUGUUUACCAGAACGUUCCAAGCCUGAAAGAGAUGACACAGACAGUUGUUGAAAACAUCCUAAGGCAGAACACAGAGGUAACACACCAGCAUAAUGUGGAAAGCCUGAAAUAUAUAAGACAAAGUGUUCCCGAAGACAACAAACUAAGACAGACCCUGGAUAUACUAAGCAUAAAGAAUGUUCCCAGCUUAAAUACGCUGACACAAAGCAUUCCCGAUGACAAGAAACUAAGACAGACCCCGGAUAUACCAAGUAUAAAGAAUGUUACCCGCCUGAAUACGUUGACACAAAGCGUUCCCGUUGACAACAAACUAAAACAGACCCCGGACAUACCAAGUAUAAAGAAUGUUCCCAGUCUGAAUACGCUGACACAAAGCGUUCCCAAUGACAAGAAACUAAGCCAAAUCACCGAAGUUCCAAACAUGAAACAUGCUGAAAUCCUAGAGUUUUUGACACACACAGUUGUUGAUGAUGAAAUGAUCAGAACGGACACUGAAAACCACAUACCUCAUGAGCCAGACGCAUUAAAAUCACUUGCGCAGAGGUCGCUUUCGGCAUACUGCAUUAGACAAAAUUGCGACAUCCAGAUACCAGCAAGACCAAAAAGCGUUGGUAUCAGUAAGUGCCAUAUUUCAAGAUCCCCCGAACCAAAACGACAAAUCUCGUCUGCCUCUACCGGAAGUUCAAGACCGCCAACCGGAAUGUCCGGCAGAUCAAAGAUGAGCAGUGACGAUAACGGACAUACUGGACAACAGUCUUCUAACAAAAUAGAUGACAGGUCAGUAAGAAAAUCUAGAUCCUGCUCCGUCAAUAGACCAACAUUAUCACGACCCCCGACUAGAAGAGCUAUCACAAGUCUUGAUGGUAUUUAUAUUAAUGAUGAUUAUGAUGAUGAUGAUGAUGAUGACAAUGAUAAUGAUGGCGAUGAUGACAAUGAUGUUGAUGAAGAAGAAGAAGAAGAAGAGGAUUGCUAUGAUGAUGACACCGAUAAUGAUAAUGAUGAAAAUGAACCUGAUGACGACGCCGCCGACAGUUUUAGACCAGAACCGGAAACAACCGACUCAGAAGAUGACGGAAUACCAGCAGACGAGUCCUGCAUUAGAAGAGUGGCAUCUCUAUCAAAAAUGUCCAGUACCCCCACAUGGACCGACUUCAGUUUUUCAUCUAUCGAGGCUCCGUCGCAUGAAAGCAGUUUAAUCUUUCCUUCCGGAGCCAGGUCACGACCUCCAACCGAAGCUUCUACUACGUCAUACAAGUCCAAUACCACAGACAACAGCAGCGCAAAGGAAAAGUCACGGCCUCCAACCGCAGCUUUUACUACGCCAUACAAGUCCAAUACCCCUGACAACAGCAGCGCGCAUGAAAGGUCACGGCCUCCAACCGCAGCUUCUACUACGUCAUACAAGUCCAAUACCACAGACAACAGCAACGCGCAGGAAAGGUCACGGCCUCCAACCGCAGCUUCUACUAAGUCAUACAAGUCCAAUAACCCAGAAAACAGCAGCGUGCAGGAAAGUUCACGGCCUCCAACCGCAGCUUCUACUGCGCCAUACAAGUCCAAUACCACAGACAGCAGCAGCGCACAGGAAAGGUCACGACCUCCAACCGCAGCUUCUGCUAUGUCAUCCAAGAUCAAUACCCAAGACAACAAGAGCGCACAGGAAAGGUCACGACCUCCAACCGCAGCUUCUGCUACGUCAUCCAAGAUAAAUACCCAAGACAACAUCAGCGCGCAGGAAAGGUCACGACCUCCAACCGCAGCUUCUACGAUGCCAGCAAUGUUCUAUGCCUCACACAGCAGUAGCUCGGAGGAAUCAUCUGAUGAAAUGGUUUAUAGAAUCACUCCGACCCCAGACGAACUCUGCGUUAAUAAGGUGGCGUCAUUAUCAGAAAUGUCUAGUACACCUACAUGGACUGAGUUCAGUUUUUCAUCUAUUGAGCCUCCAUCGCAUGAAAGCAGUUUCGUCUUUCCUUCUCCAGAAAGGUCGCGACCUCCAACAGGCGACAGCCGAGAAUCUUCUGAAGAAAAUAUUGACAUUAUGGAAAAGGAUGCCUGCGAAAAGGACGACCCAAAGAAGGACCUAGUCGACCUUGAUCUAUAUUUCAAGAAUUACAAAGAAAAAACAAAGUUUCCGUCAUUGGCGGAGUUGGCGGAAAGGGCAGUGAAAAAGAAUGAAUUGUUGGCAAUGAGCUUUGAAGUGCCGAAGAUUUCUAUGGUGAGAAUCGGAUCGCCAGACAGGAAGGCUGUUUCUCCGGUAACUGACUAUACAGAUGAGAUGGCCUUCUUCACAAACGUAUCAGUUACAGACGAAAAUGAACCAAGGCUAUGGUCACGUGCCCUGUCGCUACUGAAAGUAUGUGACUCUCCAGAUUGCGACACUCCGGUGUCAUUAAGCAGCUCAAUCUCUGAAUCAUCCCGAAGCACGAUGUCACAACACUCUGAUGACAUAAAUGAGGGCGGAGCAUCUGUAGAGGAUUGCCUUAUAACCAGCCCGACUAUUGACAGAAAUGCAAAAGUAAAGGAACCAUUUAUGGUGAAAGAUGAGAUGAAAAGCAACACCAAAGUGCUCCAGCUUGUCACAGCACUACACGAAAAUGACAACAAAGACAAGAAGGUCGCAAAGAUGUUACAUGACUUAAGACACAUACAACAAUUAGAAAAAGAGAUUAAUGGUAAACGUUUGAGAGAAAUGUUUGAAGAUGCUCGGCUUGUAGCUGAAAUAUUGAACAAUCAGGACAAACUGGCCAAUACAAUUGAGAAGAAGAAAAAGUUGGACGAAACGUUAUUGGAGCUUUACCAAGAAAAACUGGAGUUUGAUACAGAAUUUGACACCAUAGAAAAAUACCUGCACUGUGACAAGCUGGCCAAGACAUAUCACGUUAAAAGAAAUUUCCAGGAGUGUACUAUUGCAUACCUGGAACAUCAGCUGUGUUCGAAAAUUGAAAAGAGGAUCAUGAAGUAUUUUGGAAAGAUAAAGGAACCUAAAAUCAAACCAAGGAUGACAAAAAAUGCCCUCCGUUUACAAAGAGAAAAGGGUCUCAUGGUCAGACGGGACAGAGUAAAUAAAAUAGAGGAAGACUUGAAAUACGGAAAACAAAAACGGACCAGAGGGUUAUUUUUCAAACCGCCGGAGAACAAAAAUUACAAGCCCCUGCCUCCAGGACUGGAAGAAAAACUGAAAACCUUAAAGAAAAAGAAGAAAUGUAAAAACAUGUCUAGGUCACAUCCUGUGCCGCCGAGAACAACAAAAUUAGUGCACUUACGAACUAAUAACAAAAUGGAUAAAGCGACAAACAGGAAUCAGAAAAUGUCCACUGUCUCUGAUGGCAGAAAAAGUCGUGACAAAAAGACAUAUUCCCUAAUGGACAAAACAAAAUUGAAUGACAAAAUGGCAAUACCAGUAGAAAAUAAAAUGAAAAUGCAACCUAAUGCGAAUCAUAAAAAUAACAAAAAGGAAAAAAAUGGCCUAGAGGCUCCUAGCAAAAAAUCGCAAAGCAGCCAUAAAGCCAAAGAAACUGAAAAUGGACGUAUAGGCAAAACAGAGAACAAAAUUAAUAGAAUAAAUCAAAAUAUUCAUAGCAGGAAUGCAACACGUGUCACCGACCAGUCAGAAGUGGCUACGUCAGAAAUACGGCAAGAAGCGAAACAAACUGAAAAUGGACAUAUAGGCAAAACAGAAAACAAGAAUAAUAGAACAAAUCAAAAUAUUCAUAGCGGGAAUGCAACUCAUAUCGCCGACCAGUCAGAAGUGGCUACGUCAGAAAUGCGACAAGAACCCAAACAAAUAGAAAAUGGACAUAUAGACAAAACAGAGAACAAGAAUAAUACAGUAAUUCAAAAUAUUCAUAGCGGGAAUGCAACUCGUGUCGCCGACCAAUCAAAAGCCGUUACGUCAGAAAUGCGACAAGAACCCAAACAAAUAGAAAAUGGACAUAUAGACAAAGCAGAGAACAAGAAUAAUAGAAUAAAUCAAAAUAUUCAUAGCGGGAAUGCAACUCAUGUCGCCGACCAGUCAGAAGUGGCUGCGUUAGAAAUGCGACAAGAACCUAAACAAAUAGAAAAUGGACAUAUAGACAAAGCAGAGAACAAGAAUAAUAGAGUAAUUCAAAAUAUUCAUAGCGGGAAUGCAACUCGUGUCGCCGACCAAUCAAAAGCCGUUACGUCAGAAAUGCGACAAGAACCCAAACAAAUAGAAAAUGGACAAACAGGCAAAACAGAGAACAAGAAUGAUAGAAUAAAUCAAAAUAUUCAUAGCGGGAAUGCAACUCGUGUCGCCGACCAAUCAAAAGCCGUUACGUCAGAAAUGCGGCAAGAACCCAAACAAAUAGAAAAUGGACAUAUAGGCAAAACAGAUAAUAAGAAUAAUAGAAUAAAUCAAAAUAUUCAUUGCGGGGAUGCAACUUGUGUCGCCGACCAGUCAGAAGUGGCUACGUCAGAAAUGCGGCAAGAACCCAAACAAACAGAAAAUGGACAUAUAUGCAAAGCAGAGAACAAGAAUAAUAGAAUAAUUCAAAAUAUUCAUAGUAGGAAUGCAACACGCGUCGCCAACCAGUCAAAAGCCGCUACGUCAGAAAUACGGCAAGAAGUUAAACAAACUGAACAUGGACGUAUAGGCAAAGCAGGGAACAAGAAUAAUAGAAUAAAUCAAAAUAUUCGUAGCAGGAAUGCAACACGUAUCGCCGACCAGUCAAAAGCCGUUACGUCAGAAAAACGACAAGAAGCCAAACAAACUGAAAAUGGUCGUAUAGGCAAAGCAGUGAACAAGAAUAAAAGAAUAAUUCAAAAUGUUCAUGGCAAGAAUGCAACACGUGUCGCUAACCAGUCAAAAGUGGUUAUGUCGGAAAUACGGCAUGAAGGUGCAAAGAAAGCCAACUCAUUCCCAAACAAAGAUAUACCCCGAAAGCCCAUUCAGUCUCGAAAAGCACCUUCAAAGUUCAUCGAGAUAAAAUCGGCCAGUGCAGGCCAAUUGCAAAAAAGAGAAAAUGUUCAAAAAAGGACAUAUGUUAAAGACAAAAGACCUCUAAAGGCCUUUACUGGUAUUAAAAAUAUAAUAAAUGUCGGUUUAGAUACACAAGAGCAUGUACAGGUUAAUACAAAUGGUAAUGAUACUGCAAAAAUAAACAGCAGCACAUUAAAUCGACAAAAGAUGGAGCCCAGAAAAUUACGGCAACAAGAGGUGCCAAAAGAAGUUGAACACAGAAACCACAAUACUAAACUUCCACGUAUUGUUUCACAGCAAGAAAAACAAGAAAUGGCUCAGUCACUCUCAGAACUAACUAUGGUUGGAACUAAAUGCAAGUAA